AUGCAAUCGUACAAGGCGGGCAACUACAUAGACAAAAUCAAAUCUUCACGGUCGAGCGAACAAGCAUUCGGUUGGUUUGACAACCUGACGCGAGGCGUGAAUGACGCAAUGACUUUACGAGUCGAUGAUCUUACAAGGCAAGUGAAGAAACUUCUUUAUAAAAUAUAAUAAAAUUUGUCGUUUUUAUUCUAAUUUCAAGGAUAUACUGCUUUUGGGAAGCAAAUUGGAAAAAUAGGUACGAAAAUUAUAACUUAUUUAAAAAUUUCUUUACGAAAUAAGAAAACGAAGAUGGAUUUUGUAAUAAUAAGUUGUUUAUGACCUGCAGUGGUUUGGGUCUUUGAUAAAAUAAAUAAAAAUAUUUUAGACACGCGUUGUAACCUUUAAAUUAUUCUAAAAUAUAGUAGUUUUUUGGUAGAUUAUUCAAUUUUCUUUUUAAUGUACAAACUUAAUUUCGAAACCGGAAUGUUUCGUGCAUUUUCAAAUCGUAUCCACCCAGCGUGACGCGGGUUGGCAUACAUGGAUAGACACCGUAAUAGCAUUGAAAUAUUAGGAAAGAUACAAUGGUAGUAGUACAUAUAUGUGACACUGUCCCCUUUGCAUUGUACUGGAGACGGUGUAAUUUUUUUUUAACUAACAAAAAUACCUAAUUAAUUUAAAGACAUUUUUGCCACCCUGGAAUUGGAUGCAAACGUUACAUAUAGUUAUAAUUCUUUCACCCAAAUUAUUCAGAGUGAGGAUAAUUGAAAUUGAUCGUAAAUGAUGUCGUUUCAAGUUUCAAAAUUAUAUUUAACAUUGAAAAUUAUCACUUUGAUACAAAUGAAUAGGUAAGGCCGAAUAACAUGUGGAGAAGAAUGCAACAAAUCGACUCUAAAGACCCGUUUAAACUUGCAAUUUUUUCUGCGUUUUUGGAUGUGAUUUUCUUCUUCUUCUGAUGGUGUGAAUGAAUUAUGAAUGAAAUUUGCUGUGUUGGUGUAAUGUACUCAGGUGAAAUUAAAAUAAUUUGAAUAUAUCCACACCGGGCAGGCUUGAAAAAUAUGCCUGGCCACGGUGUGGAUAUACACUCAGAGUAACAUCACACAAGCAUCUUAUUCACCUGAGUACAUUACACCAACACAGCAAAUUUCAUGAUUAUUAGAUUACACUGAUAUCGAAGGAACUAGACUCAGUUCCGAAAUAUCGCAUACUCGAACCGACCUGACCGCGUAGCUCAGUUGGCAGAGCAUUGGGCUUGAAUUAUGAAUGUUCAGACGAAGGUACAUACACUCACAACAUUCAUAACUCAUCUACUCCUUCACAUGGAUCAGAGGAAGAGAAUCACACAAGUGUUAACGGGCCUAAAAGGCCUGAUGUCAAACAAAUUAAAACGAUAUUUAAUGAGGUUAAGAAUUAAUCCAAGAUGGUGAGCAGUUAAUUGGUUUCAGUUAAAAUAUUUCAAGCGGUAAGCUUGACAUAAAAAAUCCGUAACAAGAUUUUACAGAUAAUUUUAAACGCUCUUUCAAAUGAGGCAAUAUUUUUUUUUGUUGCCAUUGUCUUUUAAUGCACACAGUCUCCUCUAUUUUCAGGUAAUGAAGUUACCACGGAGCCUAGCUGGCUUUCUUGUCAUUUAUGGCGCAUUUCAUAUCGCUGUAAGUAAUUUUUAAAUAUUAAAUAAAGAAUCCAGAAUUGGGACUGAGUUUGGUCAAGCGACGUUUUCGUGAACACGAACGGCGGAUUGCCGAGAGGGACUGGAUAAAAAACUGUGCUUGUGUCAGUUUGUGGUAAUAUUCAAUGCAUAUGACAAAACAUAAUAUUUUUAAAGUUUUUCAUGUCCUUACACGAGCACUAGGUUCCAAAAUGGCGCCAUUAGUUGUAUGUUAGUUAUAUGUAAACAAGUUUUCGAGGAUUGACAAAAACAUUGCUUGCUCACUGUAAUGACUAUAGUUAAAUCCGAACUAGACGAAUUCUCUCGCGCAAAGCGAAUUAGCACCAUUAUUAAAAAAGUAUCAAAUGUAUUAAUACAAAAUUGGUGGGACAAAUGGAAAUUGACCAAGAACAGAGGAAUUAAAUUUUGGUUAAAUUUGAAUAAAAGUUAGAUGAGAUGAUGAGGAAGAUGAUUAUGAUGAUGAUAUGUUAGUUUGGCUCGUAGCAUGAUCGAUGGGUUAAUCUGUAAAAUGCUUAAUAUGCUCAGUUUUCGUUACAACUCUUGAUACAUUUUUUUUCUUCAUAUAAAUUAGUCACAAACUGAGUUUCAAUAGAUUAACCAUUCCAGCAUUCUUCAAUCGAGAUUAAUUUUUACUGUUGUAAAUAGUUUUUUAUGUACGUCUGUAUUUGUGUUGUCUUGGUGGGACUUAAUUGGGAACUUCUGUUCCGUUGUCCUGACCUUCGAUCUUAUUGAUUGUCAAGUUAUUAAAAAAAAAUUAGCAAAAGUUUGUCUUGAAUACUUAAUUAGCGCAUAUUCAUGCACCAUCAUCCAAUUACAUUUUCAUACAAGUUACUGUAAGUCAAGUGAUUGCAUGCAUGAUUAUUGUCUUAUGUAGUUCAGCAGUCCAGUAAAAGAUAGCCAACGCCCUCAUGUGAUCAAACGACGAGACAGUAUAGAAGAUUACUAUUGGAAUGAACACUUACCUCUUGGUUUCUUCAUCAAUAACGGCGGAGAUGCCGGCAAUAAUCCUGCUCAUCAAGGCGCAGCUCUCUUUGGAAGUGGAUAUGGAAGUACAAGUUCAACACAGGCAUUCGCAAGAUCAGGCAUCCCAGUAAAACCUAAAGUAAGAGUAUAAACACUGUAACAAAUUCCUGAGUAUCUUGACUCAAACUAGAGUAAAAUAGUGCGCCCAUAGUGAGUCAAAUGUUGAGUAAAUUAUUCAAAUUUACCAGGAAAUUUAUUGCAAUUUUUUAGUAAAGUUUCAAAUUUAUACUCAGUAUUUCGAGUAAAGAUUUACUAAAAAAAUGCAUAAAUUUGCUCAUAAAUGUGAGUAAUUUUAUUCGAUCAAUAUUUUACCCGGUGCAAUAUUUUACUCAAGUUUGAGUAUGAUAUCAAUAUAAACUCAAUCAAUAUAGUUCCACGUUAGUCUGCAAAACCAGACGUCAUUUCCCAUGCCCAUUCGUCGCUCGGAAAGUGACAAUGACGUCUGGGUUCGCAGACUAGUUCCAUGUCGUACUGACUUAGGUUUUUGAUGUACUAAUUAGGAUUGUAUAGAUAUUCGAUCAAGUUUUAUGACAUAUACACCCCGCCCCUCUCCAUGGGCUACUCAACUUUGUGAAAUUUUGAGUACGAAUAUAUAUAUUUAAAAUACUUAUUAAUAAUUCAUAAACCUUGUGGCAAAUCAUGACAACCAUACUAUGUCACGUGGAGAGACUUUAUAUCUGAUAAAACUCAUCUUCAUUGGUAUUCUUUAUAUAAUUGUUCAUCCUAAUUAGUAUGAUUAUAUAAUUAUUCAACAUAAUUAGUAUUCUUUUGUGGUCGUAUUUUAAGCUAUUCAAAUAGUUGAUGCCAAUGUAAGGUGUUUUUUGGAGCUGGAUUUUGGUACAAUAGUUAUAUCAAGUGUAGAUGUCCGAAAUGCUGAUAUUUGUAUAAACUUUAAGGUGGCUCUGUGAAGGAGCGAGAGCUCUAAUGACGCAACUAAACACCUUCAUAAAUCUCUCACUUCAGAAUUCAGAAAUCAAGACCACAAUAACAUGCGAAGGUGAGAAGGAAUGGCUGGAGUGUGGCAAAUACAAACUCAUCAACAUCAAAUCAGCAUUUUGGGGUCGUGACGACAGUAGCACGUGUACAAAUAAUGCUGUAGCACGUGGACUGAAGACGGACGGCAUGUGCCCACAGGACGAAUCAAAUACGAUGACCAAAGUCAGAAACCAAUGCCAAGACGAGAACGCGUGCGAGAUAUCAGCCUCAACAAUUUUCUUUGAUAAAACGGACUGCCCUAGCACAUACAAGUAUCUCAAACUAGAAUACGAGUGCAAGCACAGUGAGUCAAAAAUUAAGGAGUAG